AGCGGAGGGAGAUCCAAGCGGCGGCAGCGGCAACAGCUAUCAGGCAGAGAGGUGAGCAGCUAAGGAAGAAGGCAGCCAUGGAAGAUCUAGGGGAGAACACCACUGUCUUGUCCACCCUGAGGUCCUUAAACAACUUCAUUUCCCAGCGAGUGGAGGGAGGGUCUGGCCUGGACACAUCCACAUCUGCCCCAAGUUCUCUGCAGAUGCAGUACCAGCAGAGUGUGCAGUUGGAGGAAAGAGCCGAGCAGAUCCGCUCAAAGUCCUACCUCAUCCAGGUGGAGCGGGAGAAGAUGCAGAUGGAGUUGAGUCACAAACGGGCACGUGUGGAGCUGGAGAAGGCGGCCAGUACUAGUGCCAGGAACUACGAGCGUGAGGUUGACCGUAACCAGGAGCUCCUGGCACGCAUCCGGCAGCUCCAGGACCGGGAGGCUGAGGCGGAGGAGAAGAUGAGGGAGCAGCUGGAGCGCCACAGGCUGUGUAAACAGAGCCUGGACUCUGCUAGCCAACAGCUGCAGGAGCAGGAGGACAGUCUGGCCACAGCCAGCGAGACGAUCGGCACAUUGAAGGGUCAAGUCUCAGAGCUGCAGUGGAGCUUGAUGGACCAGGAAGUACAAGUGAAGCGGCUGGAGUCUGAGAAGCAGGAGCUCCAAGAGCAGCUUGACCUGCACCAUAGAAAGUGGCAGGAAGCAAAUCAGAAAAUUCAGGAGCUCCAGGCCAGCCAAGAAGCCAGAGCAGAGCAGGAACAGAAGAUUAAGGACUUGGAGCAGAAGUUGUGCUUGCAGGAGCAGGAUGCCACUGUCGUGAGGAGCAUGAAGUCUGAGCUGCUGCGGCUGCCCAGGGUGGAGCGGGAGCUGAAGCGGCUGCGGGAGGAGAAUGCACACCUGCGGGAGAUGAGGGAUACCAAUGGGCUGCUCACAGAGGAGCUGGAAGGGCUGCAGCGGCGGCUGGGCCGCCAGGAGAAGAUGCAGGAAGCUCUGGUUGGCCUGGAGCUGGAGAAGGAGAGGCUGCUGGCAAAGCUACAAAGCUGGGAAAUACUGGAUCAGACCACAGGUUUGAACCUCAGGACCCCAGAAGACCUUUCUAGAUUCAUUGUUGAACUGCAACAGCGAGAGCUGGCCCUGAAGGAGAAGAACAGUGUCAUUACCAGCAGUGCCCGGGGGCUGGAGAAGGCCCAGCAGCAGUUACAGGAGGAGGUGCGGCAGGUCAGUGGCCAGCUCCUAGAGGAGAGGAAGAAGCGCGAGACCCACGAGGCACUGGCGCGGAGGCUGCAGAAGCGUGUCCUGCUGCUAACCAAGGAGCGAGAUGGCAUGCGCGCCAUCCUGGGGUCGUACGACAGUGAGCUGACCCAGGCUGAGUACUCACCCCAGCUGACACGCCGCAUGCGGGAGGCUGAGGACAUGGUGCAGAAGGUGCAUGCCCACAGCUCGGAGAUGGAGGCUCAACUGUCACAGGCCCUGGAGGAACUGGGAGGCCAGAAGCAGAGAGCUGACAUGCUGGAGAUGGAGCUGAAGAUGCUAAAGUCUCAGCCGAAUUCUGCCGAGCCAAGCUUCCCAUUCUGCAGAGAGGAGGUGGACACACUCAGGUUGAAGGUUGAGGAGCUAGAGGGGGAGCGGAGCCGCUUAGAGCAAGAAAAAAACAUAUUGGAGAUGCAGCUGGAGCGGCACACUCUGCAGGGUGACUAUGACCAGAGCAAAACCAAAGUGCUGCACAUGACCCUCAACCCCACCAGCCUGGCCAAGCAGCGCCUACGCGAGGAGCGGGACCGGCUGCAGGAGGAGUGCGAGCGGCUGCGGGGGCUUGUACAUGCCAUGGAGAGAGGAGGUCCAGUGCCCACCGACCUGGAGGCCACCACAGGCCUGGCCUCGUCCAAAGAGGUGGCAGAGCUGCGGAAGCAGGUAGAAAGUGCUGAGCUAAAGAACCAGCGGCUCAAGGAGGUGUUCCAGACCAAAAUCCAGGAGUUCCGCAAGGUCUGCUACACACUCACGGGCUACCAGAUCGACAUCACCACCGAGAGCCAGUACCGGCUCACUUCUCAGUACGCGGAGCGCAAGACCGAUUGCCUCAUCUUCAAGGCCGCAGGCCCGUCGGGCUCCAAGAUGCAGCUGCUAGAGACAGAAUUCUCCCGCUCGGUGCCCGAGCUCAUCGAGCUGCACCUGCUGCGCCAGGACAGCAUCCCGGCCUUUCUCAGCGCACUCACCCUCGAGCUCUUCAGCCACCAGACCACUGCCUAGUGCCCAGGACC